GCGCUAUUUUGGAUCAGCGUUGGUGUGUGCGCGAGCGAGGCUUUAAAUAGGACCGGGUCGCGUUCAGUGGAAGCCAGUUCGUCUAAACGAUUCCGUAGCUAUACACGCAUUACGUAUGUUGGAGCACCGCACUAUCUUCGAUAUGCCGGCCGAGUGCAUAUCCAACCCGCUGCAGCGAGAGCUGGCCGACGCGAUAAUCCGCAUGCAGCCGCUGGACGAGAUAAGGAUCCUGUUGGCGUGCGGCGCCAAGGCGAACGAGCCGGUGACCCAGGGCCUGCGCCCGCUGCACUACGCCGUCUGGCAGCGCCACGCGGACGCGGCACAGCUGCUGCUGACCAGGGGCGCCGACAUCGACGCCGUCGACGAGUGCGGCUACUCGGCGCUUCACCUGGCCGCCGAGCACGGCUACGAGGACCUCGUGGAGCUGCUGCUGAGGCACGGCGCCAAGGUCGACCAUCGCCAGGACACCCCUGAGCCGUUUCCCAGAACGAUGCUGUGCGACGAGCCGCUACGGCUAGCGCUGCGCAGCCACCACCUGGGCGUGGCGCGCACGCUGCUGGAGGCCGGCGCCAAUCCCAACAAGCGCUACUUCUUCGGCGCGGAGAUCAACCUCGUCUCGCCGCUGGACCUCGAGUGCAUGGAGCUGCUGCUCGCCUUUGGCGCGCUGCCCAACACCCGCGACCGCGCCGGCCUCACGCCUCUCAUGAAGGCCGCGCGACUACCACAGGGCAUAGCGUCGGUGUUGUUGCUGAUGAGCUACGGCGCGAACGUGAACGCGAUGGCGGACGCGCGACACGACUACCGCACAGUGCUGCACUACGCGAUCCUCGGAGGUGACCCCGCGGUCAUCAAUCUGCUGCUCAAGCAGGGCGCCAAACUCAACCUGGGUCCGGACUACCAGAAACCCACAGUGCUGGACCUGGCGAUACUGAAAGGCGAUCCGGACAUCGUGCAGAUGCUUCUCGAAGCCGGUGCGGAUGUGAACGCCACGUCACCGAUAAUCGGCUCGUCGCUGCACGUAGCCUGCGCGGACAACAUCCCCAACCGGCUGCAGAUCCUGCUGAUGCUGCUAGAGCGAGGCGCCGACCCGAAUCUGGUGAUCCCCAGCGAGGUCGGUCUGACGCUGCGGCCCGUGCUCGCCGAGUACGUCGCCUCCAACCAGAACCCGUCGGUCGAGGUGGUCGCACUGCUGCUCAAGUACGGCGCGCGGGUGGUGAUCAAGACGCAGUUCCGCCACCCGCACGGCAUACUCAACUCGCUGCAGAACACGGCCGACAAACCGCAGCUGCUGCAGGCUCUGCUCUCGGCCGCCGAGAGCUUCGACCUCUGCAUGAUCAAGCGCUCGUCCAGUCUGACGGACGCGCAGAAGGCGCUGGUGCUGGAGGCCGCCCGAACUCCUCUGCCUCUGGUCCACCAGGCGAGGCUCAUCGUGCGCAAGUUCUGCGGCACGAGACUACCCAAGGUCGUCACCAGUCUGCAGCUGCCCCGCACGCUUCACCGCUACCUGCUGUACGACGUCUACUGAGCGCAUUUACUUGCCCGUUCCGCGACUCGAGCUUAAUCCUCCACAUCGGAGCUCUCUCUCUCUCUCUCUCUCUCUCUCUCUUCUCCUCUCCCUCCCUCUCGUUCUCCCUCGUGCUACUUGCUGCGCAGACGUUUUUUUACUUGUUCUCGCGAUCUCGUCUAUCGCCGCAUUUUCCCCAAAUUCGUGACCGUACUUAUUGCUCAAACGUCUAUUUGAAUCUGUCGUCUUUUACAGCCUCAGCAGUUUGCCCUCUGUAAUUUGUCCAACAGCUCGACCAACUGUGAUCAAUUAGCAUUGUACGUUUACUCAAAUACAAAAGUUUUUACGGUCCAACCUCUAGCUUCAAGUUCCCAAGACUAGGACGAUUUCGUUUUAACCGACAUAUUUUUUUUAUCAGUCGACAUUCACGCUCCGUCUCAUUUUCUCAUUGUUAUCCUCUCGAUCGUAUUUUUACUCGUUUUGCUUUUAGUCAUUGUGAUACCCGAACGAUCGCGUCGAUCGACUUAUUUAGGAAGCGAAUCGCGAGACGCGACGGUUCUCGCUGCGCGUGCACUAUCGUCGUUUCGCCAUGAGCACAGUAGGCACCGCGCAAACCAAUAUCGAACUGCACUGACCUUAGUAUUAUGUAUUCUUUUGCGACGUUAUUCGACUAAUGCUAUUUUCAUUACUCUAGUUGUGUGCGAACAUUUGUCGGACGUCGAAUCCGGCGAAAUUGUGUGAUUAUACAUCGAACAAAAGAUCGUGUCAUUUUAUACCUUUGUAUGUACAUAAACGUUAUCUUAUAUACGUACGUAUUAUCAAACAGUAUUUCAACAAUAAAACCCAAUGACCCACCCUAAAUACAUUUAAGUAGUUAUUUGUUUAAUAAUUUCAUAAGUUUGUUUGCAACCGAAUUUCAAAUUUCUCAAGAGCUGCUUGU